AUCAUAAUAAAAAUAAAUAUUUUGUUAUAAAAUUAAAAACUUAAGAGUUUGCAACUUCAAGUCGAAUUUGCUUAAUUUACAAUUAUUUAAAUUCAAAAAAAGUUAUUUGAGAGAAUAAAAAGUUUGAAUAUUUUAAAAUGAAUAACUUACGAUUAAUUUUGUAUCAACAAAUAAAAUUGUUACCUUCCAUUAAAAUACAGGCGACUUAUUGUACAAAAAAAGGAAGCAAUGAAAAAUCAUCAACAGAAAAGGAACCAAAGGCCAAGGCUGAUAAACCAUUAAGUCCCAGAAUGAUUGAAUUUCAAAAGAAAAUUAGAGAAAAAACUCCUAUAGGAAAAUUAGAUGAAUUAGAAGGCAAGCAUCCAUAUCAAGAAAAAGAACCUUUAAAGCCUUGGCCAAAUAAUACAAAUCCAAACACUGGCGAAAAAGGAGGACCUGCAGGACCUGAACCUACAAGAUAUGGCGAUUGGGAAAGAAAAGGUAGAGUGUCUGAUUUUUAAUAAAACGCUAAAUUGUUGGAAAAACUUAGAAAUUAUUAAUUCAAUAUUAAAGUACACGACACCAGAAUUUAAAUAACAAAAGUUAUUUUAAAAUAUAUUGAAAGCAAAUAAAAGUACAUACAUAUAUGUAUAAAUAAUUAUUAGAAGUAUCAAAAAUUAAAAAGUGCCUUCAUUAACUUUUUCAUUUAUAA